CAAUUGAAUUUGACAUUGAAACUAACCUCAAAUUUCUUUAUUCAAAAAUUCCUUAUCGUUCAUUCUGACAUAAUUAUGUAGUUACUGUUCAGUGAUGGCUAACCCACUACAUAAAAAUACAUUAAUACCUUCCCUUUUAUGUCUACUUCUAGCUAACAGCAUAAACUCUGCAGAUGAUAACAGCUGCGUGGAAUCCAGUCCGUGCCAGUGCGAGUUGAACGAUAACAAACACAUUGACUUAACGAAACUGAACAAGAAUAAUACGUUUUUUAGUACCUCAAGUUUGAACUUGACUUACUUCUUCUUUCCCUGCCGAGAUGUGCAAUUUAUCCCUGAAACAUACUUACCAAAGGCACCUAUUGCGAACAAUCAUUGCCUUACCGGUGCAUCUCUAUGCUUGUAUAAUGCGAGUAAUUCUAACUUAACCAAUUUGGGACUUGCAACUGAAGGCAAGUUUUUAAACGAUUUUCCAAAGACGCUACAUUUCUCACACGAAAAUGUGGAAACCUCCAUUCUACUACAAUGUACACCUGAUUAUCCGAGCGCAUAUCUAAUAUUUUCCUCCAAAAAUAAUCUGCUGUUAUUUUCAUCAUCCGCAUGUAUACAAAUGGGUCAUCCUGGUUUAAGUAUAGGAUCCACGAUACUUAUACUGUUCUGUACCAUUUUCGGGGUGUAUCUUUUAGGCGGUGCAUUUAUAUUGCACUGCUUAAGAGGGGCUAGGGGAACGGAAAUGAUUCCAAACCUGGACUUUUGGAGUAGCAUACCCGGUCUAGUUAAGGAUGGGACCAUAUUUUUAUUGGGCGGGUGUAACCCUAUGGUGGUGUCAAGUGCUGAAACGUACGAUAGAAUUUAGUCUGUUGCUUUCUUUGUUAAUUUGUAGUUUUUCUUUUGUUUUAAUAAAGUUUUGAGUUUCUAAU